AUGUCUGAUAUUGAUUUCGGUAUAACCGUCGAAGUGACCUCUUAUUGGGCAAGUGAUCUCAAAGUUCAUAAAGCGACCUUCCUGAAUCAAAGUUUCGUACACCCCAACGAAGGUUGUGAGCAUUGCGCACCACCUUCGUAUAACUCUGGUGCAGGUAGGGCGUUCCAACUUUCAAGACAACACGCAGCAUCGGAAGGACAAUUGCGGAGACCUCAUGCGUUAGAUCCAACUUCUAUGUCUGGGUUGGAUUAUAUAUCCAGAGAUAUUCUGGGUCAAGGAACUCGUGCGAUCUUAUCUCAAGCUACUGCGCCGAACGUCAAAUCUACAUGUCGAUCUCAAUUCUGGGGAACAAGGUUGAACAAUACAAAUGCAGAGAGAUUAUCAACUUACCCUCUGAAUCAGAGAGCCGUCAGGACCAGUGCUAUACCGGUCGAUCGAGGUGUGGAUCCAGAUUGGACGGUAUACAAACUGAAACAUACUUGGGAAUCUGCAUUGAACGCACCCAGUCAAAACGAUAUGGUCAACACUCUCCCACCUGGAGAAUACUGUCCUUGA